CUUUUCUUCAUUUCAAGUGUUGCAUUCUGUGGGAGCAGGUCGCGGAUUCUGGUUCGCAGUUUUUCUUUUCAUUUCGCAUCGACGAGGUUAGAGGACGACGCGACGGCAGAGGAAGCGCUCGGCUAAAAGUUAGAAAUUCCUCCACAGAAUUCCAACUGCACUGCAAUUAGAGUGUGUAAUUUGCGAACAUUUCCUUUUCGGUAAGGAAAAUGCUUUAUAUGGACUAAAGUAGUCUAAUUCGAACGAAAGAUCUGCACUGUCGUAACUGAGAUUAGAACAAGCGUCAAUCAUGAACACCAGUCGCUUCCAGUCGGCCAAGAAUCUCCAGCCGGCGCGAUCGCUCAAAACGCCGGCGGCGGCCGCACAGAACCGCAAUGGCGGGGUAGCUGGUCAGCUGCCGUUGACCUCUUACCAGAACGCGCCGCCUUCACCGCAGCAGCAGCGUCACUCGAAUGGCAGCAGCAACGGAAGCUUCGGUUCGGCCAACGGCAACGGGUACCGUUCGCCCCAGGCGGCCUCGAACGGCUUCAACGGCGGUUAUCCGGGGGCGGCGGCCAUGAUCAAGAACGGUCACCGCCGGCACGAUGUGCUGCGUUCGUCGUCGCAGAACAGCAGCUUUGGGAGUAAUGUGAGUGUGGGGAGUAGUGGCAGUAGCGGCAAGGAGAUUCACACGAUCGCGACGUUUCGUUCGACCACGCUGGCCGUUGGGUCGAUGCACGAGGUGUACGUGUCGUACGUGGAGAAUGGGCCGAAGCUGUUUACGGUGCAGCUGCGAGCGACCGAGAACUCGCUGAACCAGAUGAUGGGCGCGCUGGAACGCGUCCCGCUGAGGAAUUUGACCCGCAAACCGACGCUUGGGAUGGCGUGCAUUGCUCGGUUCUCCGAGGACCAGGUGCUGUAUCGGGCGCUCAUUAUGGGCAUCAACGUGGACUCGUGUGUGGUUUCGUACGUGGACUAUGGGAAUUCGGAAACGGUUGAGUUUAAGAAUUUGUACGAGAUUCCGGCGGAGUAUCUGAAGCACAAGGUGUUUUCGAUGCGAUUCACGCUGUCGAACGUCAAGACGUUGGAGGACACCAACGCAGACAUUGCUGGGAUCUUUUCCUCGCUGGUGAUGGACAAGUUGCUCUCGAUGAAGAUCAUGCCGCUGGAGGGACCGGCCUUUGUUCAGUACUGUGAGUUGUACGAACAGAACGAGAACAUCUUCGACAAGCUGCUGAACAUGUGCAAGGCAAAACCGUUGAAGUAUCCACUUCCGCUCACGCUGGACCGCGGCCACUCGUGUGUGAUCAUCAUUCGGUACAUCGAGUCGUGCAAGCAGUUUUACAUCCAGCCGUUGGACAAGGUCGAGAGCUUCGAGAAAAUGAUGGACAGUUUGGUCGAGUUUUGCCGCAAGAGUUUGCCGAUGAACUCGCUCAAGUCGGGAGAUCCGUGUGCCGCUUGUUUGGACGAGGAGGAGUGCUACCGCGCCGAAGCGAUCAACGUGACGAGUAGCUCGGUAAAGGUUCGCCUCGUGGACUACGGUAACACCAUGACGCUGAAACGGAACCAGAUCAAGCGUCUUUCACCGGCGUUCGUCGAGAAGCAACCGCAGGUCGCCGAGUGCUGCCUGGAGGGCUUCCAGGACACCGCCGACGAAAGUCUCUCCACGGCUCAGCUGGAAAUGUUGGCUGAAAAUGAAAGCGGCGAACGCAAGCAGUUCAAGCUGAUCGUCUCCGAAGUUCGGAACGGCGUCGCCGUCGUCAAUCUGUUCGACGAAGCGAGCACCCCGGUGCUGAACGUGGCCAAGCGACUGCUCAAGCUGAAGAACCCUGCCAAGUUUGUCAAAGAGCUCCAGUCUCUACAGCAGAAGCCGCCGGUCACUGCGCCAGCAAAGCUUGUUCCUGCUCCGAUCAACUCCAAAAAUCCAUUCCACUCGACGUCGAUCAUCUCGGAGGUGCCCAACCUUUCCCAGACCACCCCGCCGCGGAUGGCCGAAAGUGAGGUGAUUGAUCUGACCAACGACGACCAGGGCGGCUUCGUCGCGCAGCCGAUCGGUCAUCACAGUUCCGGCUACGACAACCAGUCCGUCACGACGCCCAGCAACUACAGCGGCAGCUAUCGGGGCCCAGCCCGGAGCGAAACCAGUGCACGCAGCGGUCGCGACAGCCUCAACAGCAGCUACGGCAGCGUCAAGAAGGAACGCUUCCCACGGCAGGACGUUCCUCCGCGGUUCGUUAAGGACAGGAACCAAACGCCGUACUACGUGGAGCACGACGAUCGCUGCGCGGCGGACAACAGCAGCAGCUACGAGGAGCCAAAAAGUCGCGAAAAGGCGACGGCGAUGGCGCAGCGCGGCGCCAGCAAUCGGGGCAGUGGCAGCGAGUCCGGAUUCAACACGCAGUCAGCGGAGAGAGCAAACUCAUCCCACGACAACAGCUUCAAGUCGUCCACGGCCAGCAUUGACAUGGGCGAGGACUUUGUGGGGUACGAGUUUGCGUUCGCCGAGCAGGUCAUCCCGAUGAACACCAAGGUGGAGGUGAAGCUGGUGCUGUGGAUCUCGCCGGAGGAGUUUUACGUUCGCAUGAAGGACGAAGAGGACAAGUUUGAGGAGAUGAUGAAGCAGGUGCAAAAGUUCUACAAAGGACGGCCUGCGGUGGGGGACGUUCCGCCGGUGGGAUCGGCCGUGGUCGCGCGGUACCAGAAGCACAACGCGUUGUACCGUGCGCGGGUCAUCAAGUACAACGAGGUGCUGGCCAAGUUCAAGGUCGAACUGCUGGACCAAGGAAACAAGGUGAUCGUCUCGAACCCGGAGCUGUGGAAGGUGGACCGACGGUUCACCAAGCUGCCAAUGAUGGCCAUCCAGUGCUCGUUGGCCAACAUUAAGCUGAACUGUGAUGCGAAGGAGCUGCUGAACAAGAUCGACAAGUAUGUUAGUGGGGAGCCGAUCGAGUGCGUCUUCCUGGACAAGGGCGAAGACAGCAAGUACGUGUGCGACGUGGACGUGAAGGGCGCCGACCUGAAGAUGGCCCUGCUAAAGGACAACCUGAUUGCUCAAAUUUUGACCGACAUUGAUCUCAACCGACUGAAGGGUCAAACCCUGAAACUGAAGCUCGUCGAGAUGAAGGGGCUGGACCUGUUCCGCAUCAAGAUCCUCGGCAACGACGCCGUCCUGAACUGCCGACUGGUGGAGCACCGCGCCUACGAUCAGUCGAUCGUGGAGGAACUUCGCCGCAAGUGGCUCGAUCAGUACCUGUUUGGACUUGUGGAGGACGUGUCAAGUGAUGAACUAUUGAUACUGACGCUGCUGAUCUCGCCGCUGUCCACGCAGAGCCCACCCACCAUCGUGGACAUGCCCGUGCUGCAGAGCAAGUUCAACGCGUUCGUGACGUACGUCCACGAAGCGAACUGCCUGUACGUGCAGAACUCGCGCUGGACGCCCGAGGUGGGCAAGCUGCUGGACGAUCUGUUCGAGUACUACGAAAAGAGCGGCGAGGUCAUCACGAACCUGCAGAUGAACGAGCUGUGCGCGUCCAAGUCGGCGGACGGCAACUGGUACCGGGCCAAGAUUAUUUCCCUCCAGGACGUGGACAAUAUCGAGGUGCAAUUUGUGGACUACGGCAACCGGGAGUGCGUCCGGCACGAGGAUCUGAAGGUGCUGGAGGCGCAGUUCCGCGAGUUUAGUGCCUUUGCGCAUCAGGUGUACUUGCCGAUGGCGUGUUUGAACGAAGGAGAAGAGGACAAGCUGAAGCUGGCGAUUGCCGAGCUGACGGGCGAGUACGAGCUGGAACUGACCGUGCUGGACUACCGGAACGACGUUUGGAUCGUGGAUAUUACGUCGAACGAUUACAGUAUCGUGCAGGCGCUCAAAGACAAGCAGUUGGUUAAAGAUCUAGACCACGAAGAAAUCGUGAACCGCAAGUCGACAGUGGCUGCUGCCGUCGGUGAAGGUUUGGAAGUGACGUCAAACGGCGCCGAGUCGGAUGCCAAGUGCGACACCGGACGGUUAAUGGCCUACGUAAGCCACGUCGACAAUCCGAACCAGCUGUUCAUCCAGAUGAACUCGGACCUCGAGGACAUUGACACGCUGCAGGAGAAUCUGCAGAUCAUCGCGCAAGCACUGCCCCAGCUCAAGGACUUUUCCGUGAACCGUCACUGCAUUGCACCGUUUUCGGCGGACGAACUCUGGUACCGGGCUCGCAUCAUCGACAGUCACGACGAUUUGAUUAUCCAGUUUGUGGACUACGGCAACAGUGACGUGAUCACUAGUAAUAAGAAAACCGAACUCAAAGACAUCAACGACAGUUUGAUGAACUUUAAAAUCUACGCGAAACAGUGCUCUCUGCUGGUGUCUCCGGCCAAGGGGCGGAAAAACUGGAGCGAGGAGGCCACCAUGAUCCUGCGCGACCUGCAGGAAGUCGAGGUGCAGAUUCUGGCCGAAUCGCAGGGCGUCAGCUACAUCACGCUGAAGAGUGGCGAGCGGGAUUUGGCGGAAGAACUGGUCGCGAAGCAGCUGGCAAUUAAGAUGGAGUACGUGCCGUCCGACCAGCGAUGCUUCACGAGCCACAUCGAGUCGAUUCGGGAGUUUUAUCUUCAGCUAGAACGUGACAUUAACCCGCUGGACGUGAUGGCGGACUACAUGGCACGGUUCGAGGAGUUUGCGGUCGUCGAAAGUCCGGAGGUGGGAGGCGUCUACGUGGCGGAAUUCCCCGACGAUGGCCUGUGGUACCGGGCCAAGGUGAUGGACAAACUUCCCGAGAAGCGGUACGAGGUGUUUUUCCUCGAUUACGGCAACACUUCGGAGAUUAGCAACGUGCGAGAACUGGAGAAAUCCAUUGCCGAGUUGCCCCCGCUUUGUACCAAGUGCACGCUGCGUCUGCCUGAGGGCCUCAAAAGCUGGUCCGAUGAUGCCGAGAGCAAAUUUCGGGACAUUGCCGCCAAUGGCGAAACGGUCUUCACCGUGCAUCUGCACACACCUGGCUCGAUCGCCACCGUUGAGCUGUUGCUUGACGGCGUCACCAUCAACGACCAACUGAAAGGUCUCUGCGAGAAGGGAGUCGCCAACAUGAUGAACGCCAGCUUCAUCCUCAACGAGGACAAGACGCUGGACGACAGCGCACCUCUCGGAGGUUACGUUACCAUCAGCCACAUCAACUCUCCAGCCGACUUUUACAUCCACUUUAAAAACACCGCCCUCGAGGGCAUGGAGGAGCUGCUGAACAAGGCGACCAAGUGCGAACGACUUCCGGAGAACGAACUGUGCGAAGGAAUGUACUGCUUGGCAUACGUGGCCACCCGUAACAAGUACUACCGGGCGCGGAUCGUCCACAUCGUGGACGGAAAGUACAAGGUGCAAAUGGUGGACUACGGCACCAUCGAAUUUGCGACCGAUCUCCGCAAAAUCCCGCAAGAAAUCGAAAACAUCUCCCUCCUCGCCAAAAAGUGCUGCCUCGAAGGGUACUCCCCGAACGACAACGUUCUAGACGUGGUCAAGCAGCGGUUCACCGCGCUAGCCGACCAGGGACGCGCCCAGUUCGUCUUCGAAAUGGUCGAAACCGACCACGAGCCCAACAUCAUCCGCCUCUUCACGCCCGAGGGUCGCAACGUGGACGAUCUGCUCGAGUGCUCAAACGCCAACGGCGACGAAGAUGCGGCAAAUAACAACAGCAGCAGUAAACCACCCACCUCGACGGUCUCGAUCGCUCCUCCGCCCCCCGCGCCCGCAGACUUGGUCAAAACUUCGUCCCGUGCGAAGUCAUCGCGGCAAGCUUUCUUCCGCGCCAAAAGUGACCUCGAGUUUGACCAGUGAGAGAGUAGCGACGAAACGAAAACCUUAGUUAAGUAUGAGUAACCAAAACAAACACGAGAUUUUUUUCUAACUGAAUUGUAAUCGAAACGAUGUAAAACAACAAAAAAAGUUAUUGUUAAGAAUGAUGGUCAGGAGGCAACACACAGACACACACACACAUGAACUGUUAACCGCGGGAUUCCAUCUCUAAAAAACAUGUUAUUUUAUUGUUAUUGUUUUUCUCGUAAGGAGACUGUUUUUUUUUCUUUUUUACAAGCAAUUUGCGUGGUUAUUUAAGCACCACUCGUACUAGUAUUGGAAAAUCACGCUCACAACCAAUUCAGCUAGAAAAUUGAUAAUUCUGUAACAAAAAACUUAACAACAUACACACAGUCACAGCAAGGCCUUACAUUUCUACGAAUAUAAAAUAAUAUGAAAUAAAUUGAACUGAUCUUAUGAUUUCUG